AUGAGAAGGAGAGAAAGAAACGAGAAGACGAGUUCAAAGAGCGAGAAGAACAGUAUAAAACAGUAAUGAAUGACAAAGAAGAGCUGUUAAAAACACAUGAAGAAGAAAAAGAGAGAAUAAUGGCGACGAUGAUGGAGAAAGUGGGGCACCUGAAUAGAGAAAGAGAAGAACUGACAAAGAAACUAGAAGAAGAGAAAAAGAAAUCAAAGAUGAUAAUCGAGGAAGAAAGGCAGAAUCGUGAGAAGGAGAGAAAGAGAAGAGAAGAAGGGUUCAAAGAGCGAGAAGAACGAUAUAAAACAGUAAUGAAUGACAAAGAAGAGCUGAUAAAAAAACAUGAAGAAGAAAAAAAGAAAAUAAUGGCAACGAUGAUGGAGAAAGUGGCACAACUGGACAGAGAACGAGAGGAACUGAUGAUCAAACGAGAAGAAGAGAAAGAGAGAAUGAUAAUGAAUGAAGAAAGACAGAAUCAUGACAGAAAGAGAAAGAGAAGAGAAGAAGAGAGAGAGAUGUGUGGGGUGAUGAAGAUGGAACAAGAGGAAUUGGAGAAACAGAAACAGCAAAAUCCAACAAACCUGCCAAAAAGACUGCAAAGAGUUUCUGCUGUCAGUCUCUCAUCUAGAAGGAUUGUUCUUCUGGGUAGAAGUGGUGUUGGGAAAAGUGCAACUGGAAACACAAUACUGAGACAAAUAGAGUUUGAUGCUAUCUGUAGCCUACAUUCAGUAACUAAUAAAUGUUCCGUUGCUCACGCCACUGUUUCAGACAGAUCUGUGUCUGUAGUUGAUACUCCUGGAUUAUUUGACACAGUGAUGAAUCCUGAAGAGAUCACUGAAGAGGACCAGCAGAUUCUUCAGAUGAUUGAGAUGUUGUUUGGUGAAGAAGUUUUAAAAUACUCCAUCAUUCUCUUCUCUUAUGGAGAUUGGUUAGAUAAAGAACCCAUAGAGAAAUUCAUUAAGCAAAACAGUGCUUUAAGCAGUAUGGUACAGCAGUGUGGAGGGAGAUUUCAUGUCUUCGACAAUAAAAACAAGAGAAAACGAAAACAGGUGAACGAUCUACUGCAAAAGAUUGACACAAUGAUAGAGCAGAAUGGAGGACAUUACAGUAAUCAUGUUUGAAGAUGCUCUGAGAUUUAGGCAAGAGGAAGACAAAAGGAGAAAGAAAGGACUAUAAGAGAAAACAAGAGAAAUAAAGUCAGCUCUGUGUCUGUAGUCGAUACUUCUGAAUUUAACACAAAUGAAACCUGUGCAGUUAAUGUCAUGCUUUUCUGAUGUUUGAUGUUAAAGUACUCCAUCGUUCUUUUCACUUGUGGAGAUCAGCUAAAAGAGACUGUAGAAACACUUAUCAAGAAUGAAUAUGUUUAUUAAAGUGUCAAGAGUAUGUAGUUAAAGCAAUAAAAUAUGCCUCAGAAGAACAAGAAACCAGCUAGAAGUAAACUGAAUGAGAAUUUAAAUUUAAUUUAAAAUGGAGAAAGUUAUACAAAUAAUUUGGGGUGUACAAUUAAGAUUAAGAAAUAUUAAUGUGUAAAUUAAUGUCAUAAUGUUUGUCUUUUUGCUUGCCUAAUUGUUUUGUAUUGCGGAAAAAUGUCAUUGUGGUAAUUUGGUAAUUUAGACUCAAAUCAAUAUUUUGUGCAGGGCAAUCUAUUCAUUUUAUACAUAUAAUAAGCAGGCACGGUGGUGCUUCUCAACAUUUUGUGGGUCAGCGCUAUGAUAUCCAUUUUGUAAGUCAGUCCUGAUCCUCUUGUCUAAUGCAUUAUUUUAGAUACUCUGAUGAUUCACUAUGACUAUACUGUUGUGCAUGUGUGAUAUAUUGAAUUGUGAAAAUUAGUUAUGUUUAUGUGAUAAAUUUCCUUUGAAUCCAUUAUAACGUUAUUUUCCUAAUAUUGCUAAAUAGUGUUUCAUUUCCUAUUUGUGUUUAAAGUGUAUUUAUCAAAUGUAUUAUUUUCGCUCGGCAUGCCUGCGUCAUGACGUCAUCACACACUUCAGUAGGUGGCGCGCCCGUGAUGUGCUUCAUUCAGAGUAAAUACGCCAUUAAUGAAGCCAUCACUGCAACGCUCCUUUUUGUCUUGUUUUUUGUUCAUCUUUUGUACUUCUUUUCAUACUUCUCAGGUAAUCGCAAAACAAGAUGCACAAAACACACUUUCGUUUCAGGAUGAACACUGUGUAUUGCGAUUAUUGAUGAUCUAUUUACUGUUAAUAGCAGUUCGCUUUGCUUUACUGAUAGUGUGUCAUGGGUCUAGUAGGCCUGAGCACAUGGUUACCAUGGGUGCCUCGCAAUUAACGCGAUAGUCGCGCUAGCUGGUGAAUGGUCGAUGUUAUGUGAGUGUAUAAAAGUUCAUGAAGUUGUUUCAGGUUAUUGAGUUAUCCUAAAUUGGCACAUUUAGGUUAAUUUAACCCCUUUGUGCCUGGGUUUAUGCAUUACGUUUACUUUAAUUAAUCUGAUAUGUGUCGUCAUUUUAUGAAAUGUAUCAGAUACGAGGGAUUGAACAGUGUUUAAAAAUGAACAUGUGACUGAUAUCCCAGUUGUAUUUUUGUAUCAUCAGUUUAAUUCUUAUGUGUGCUUAUGUGUACAUUGAGUAUCUUAUCCUGUUUCAAAAAACGUGAUUUAUUGUCACUGUGUCAGUUGAAAAUGACACAAGUCUUUUUUUUAGAUUAGAGCAUGUGAACUGUGUAGAAAGAGCUUGUUAGCCUGUUGAUCAUAUUUUCUUAUUUCAUCUGUUAGAAUGGAAAGUGGUUGAAGUCACUCAUGUUUACAUUCAGUCAUCACUGGGAAAGAGUGAUA